AGUUGCGCGCUGGGAUUGCUGCCGUGCGGCGGGGCCGAAUUCAGCAUACAAUUGAAAUAAAAUGUCAACCUCCUGGAGUGAUCGGUUACAGAAUGCAGCAGAUAUGCCUGCUAACAUGGAUAAGCAUGCCCUGAAAAAGUAUCGGCGAGAAGCCUAUCAUCGGGUGUUUGUGAACCGAAGUUUAGCCAUGGAAAAAAUAAAGUGUUUUGGUUUUGAUAUGGAUUACACACUUGCUGUGUACAAGUCCCCAGAGUAUGAGUCUCUUGGCUUUGAGCUUACUGUGGAGAGAUUAGUUUCUAUUGGCUAUCCUCAGGAGCUGCUCAGCUUUGCUUAUGAUUCUACAUUCCCUACCAGGGGACUUGUCUUUGAUACACUAUAUGGAAAUCUUUUGAAAGUUGAUGCCUAUGGAAACCUCUUGGUCUGUGCACAUGGAUUUAACUUCAUAAGAGGUUCUCAGGUAGCUGCUCAGAAGAGACCAGAAACUAGAGAGCAGUAUCCAAAUAAAUUUAUCCAGCGGGAUGACACUGAAAGAUUUUACAUUCUGAACACACUGUUCAACCUACCAGAGACCUACCUGUUGGCUUGCCUAGUAGAUUUUUUUACUAAUUGUCCUAGAUAUACCAGCUGUGAAACAGGAUUUAAAGAUGGGGACCUCUUCAUGUCUUACCGGAGUAUGUUCCAGGAUGUAAGAGAUGCUGUUGACUGGGUUCAUUACAAGGGCUCCCUUAAGGAAAAGACAGUUGAAAAUCUUGAGAAGUACGUAGUCAAAGAUGGAAAACUGCCUUUGCUUCUGAGUCGAAUGAAGGAAGUAGGGAAAGUGUUUCUUGCCACCAACAGUGACUAUAAAUACACAGAUAAAAUUAUGACUUACCUGUUCGAUUUCCCACAUGGCCCCAAGCCUGGGAGCUCCCAUCGACCAUGGCAGUCCUACUUUGACCUGAUCUUGGUGGAUGCACGGAAGCCACUCUUUUUUGGAGAAGGCACAGUACUGCGUCAGGUGGACACAAAAACUGGCAAGCUGAAAAUUGGUACCUACACAGGCCCCUUACAACAUGGCAUCGUCUACUCAGGAGGUUCAUCUGAUACAGUCUGUGAUCUCUUGGGAGCUAAGGGCAAGGACAUUUUGUAUAUCGGAGAUCACAUUUUUGGGGACAUUUUAAAAUCAAAGAAACGACAAGGGUGGCGAACUUUCUUGGUGAUUCCUGAACUUGCACAGGAGCUGCACGUCUGGACUGAUAAGAGCUCACUUUUCGAAGAGCUUCAGAGCUUGGAUAUUUUCUUGGCUGAACUCUACAAGCACCUUGAUAGCAGCAGCAAUGAGCGCCCUGACAUUAGUUCCAUCCAGAGACGUAUUAAGAAAGUAACACAUGACAUGGACAUGUGCUAUGGGAUGAUGGGGAGCCUGUUCCGCAGUGGCUCCCGACAGACCCUCUUCGCCAGCCAGGUGAUGCGGUACGCUGACCUCUAUGCAGCCUCCUUCAUCAAUCUGCUCUAUUACCCCUUCAGCUACCUCUUCAGAGCUGCCCACGUCUUGAUGCCUCAUGAAUCAACGGUGGAACAUACACAUGUAGAUAUUAAUGAGAUGGAGUCCCCUCUUGCUACCCGGAACCGCACAUCAGUUGAUUUCAAAGAUACUGAUUACAAGCGGCACCAGUUGACCCGGUCGAUUAGUGAAAUUAAACCCCCCAACCUCUUCCCACUGGCCCCCCAGGAAAUUACACACUGCCAUGAUGAAGAUGAUGAUGAAGAGGAGGAAGAAGAGGAAGAAUAAGGAGGAAAACCAAAACUGAGCAUCCAUUAAACACGUUUUGGCAGGACUUCCAGGAGCAAAGGAUAUCCCUGUUUGCGUUCUAGUGGUGGGUGGGGGAGCUCCAUCAAAGGUACAUGUGCGAAGUUUCUGAAGACCUUAAAAUAUUCUAAUCAUAGAGAGAUACUUUUUAGUAGUUUUGUUUGUCUGCACUCUGCAGAUGGUUCACAAUUGUAAUGGAGUCUGUAUUGGAAGAAAGCAAGGGUAAAGCCGGGCUGAACUGCAUGCAGAAGGCUCCAUUGUGGCUUGUGACACCAUUUCCUUGUCUGGUUUCAUCCUCAGUAUAUAUUGGAUACACCAGGGCUAGUGAAGAGUAUCCGAGUGGAACGAAGAGGUGAUCUGAAAAUGAUAUGUUACAAAUUGUGCUCUUACUCCAAAGUCCAUCCUGAAAUUUUCAGUGCAUUACACAGUAUUGUAUGUCAGUGGAGAAAUAUAUUGUUUCCAUUACCAAAUGCGGUCUUCUGUUAAGGUCAAGGUUCCGUUUACAAGCUUUGAAGUGUCCUCAGUGCCUGGGGGCAGACUGCAGGCUUCAGUGGUCUUGCACAAGUGUUUGGUUUGCUAUAGGGCUUGCCUGGAAUGCACUGCAGUGAUUCUGUCUUGAAGUAAAAGUCUUCAUCUAAUCUUACAUUUUUUUGAUAGUAGAAAUGCUUGUUAUCCAGAAGCGGUCUUUUUCUCAUCUGGAGUGAAUCUAGAGAAAGAAUUCAGCUGAAAGAGGACAAAGGAGCAAGCCCCGUGAAAGAGCAUAACUGAGUAAAGUCAUUAGCGUGGGCCAGUGUGGCUCGUGCCGCCCAGACUUCCGGCCUUCCCUGUCCUCUAGAGUGGACUGUAUUCCACAGUCAAGCAUGAGAGGAUGGGAAGAGGGUUCUAUCAGUCAGAACCUUACUAAAGCAGAGGGCACAAUCAUGUGAAUAAAUGCACUUCAGAAUC